AUGUCGAGAGCUAAGAGACUAAUGAAGGAAAUCGAGUCGGUUAAGGAUGACCCUGACGCCAAUGUCUCAUUAAAUUUUGUUAAUGAAUCAGAUAUUCAUCACUUAAAAGGAUCGUUUUUAGGACCACCUGGAACCCCUUACGAUGGUGGGAAAUUUAUUGUUGAUAUCCAAGUCCCAUUGGAAUACCCAUUUAAACCACCUAAGAUGCAAUUUGAUACUAAGGUUUAUCAUCCAAAUAUUUCUUCUGUGACAGGAGCUAUAUGCUUAGAUAUUUUAAAGAAUUCAUGGUCUCCGGUUCUUACAUUGAAGACAUCGUUAAUUUCACUCCAAGCUUUACUACAGUCCCCUGAACCAAAUGACCCGCAAGACGCUGAAGUAGCAAAACACUUUAUUAGUGACAGGGAGUCUUUCGAUAGGACUGCUGCUGUAUGGACUCGGACUUACGCAUGCGGGGAGGGUAGCAAUGACGAGGAAGCGCAACUUUACGGUAUUGAUAAGAGCUUGGUCGAUAAUUUGAUGAACCAGGGAUUUGAAAAAGAUAAAAUUGUUGAGGUUCUUAGAAGAUUAGGGAUUAAAUCCAUGGAUGCAGGUGAUAAUGAGAAGGCCAACAUCAUUCUAGAAGAAUUAUUGAAGUAA